UCUCUCUCUAAAUGGUUCUCUGUUUCUUCGAGUAAGGAGUUGACAUUGCCCCGCGUACACCCCGCGUUUCCUCGUCGUCCUUCUGUUUGUCUUUUUGCCUCUGUUGACCGAGAGGCCGUGAAAUAGUAGUAGUAAAUCAAUUCCUUGUUCCCACAAUCCCACAGCUUUCUUUUUUUGGUUUUUAGUUCAUUUUUUCCAUUUUUUAAAAAAAUUCUUUGGUUUUAUCUAUAUACACGAGGUAUAUACGAAGAGGGAAUUGUAUAGAGUCUAGUUGGUGUUUCGUAGUCGGUCGUGUUUAUUGAGGAAGUGCAGGGGAAUUGUAAUGGUGGAUCUGAGGUUGUUCUUGGCGGUAUUGGUGCUAUGGGCGGCUUUUGUUGAGGGGAACAAUAACUUGGUGUUUAAGGUGAAGCAUAAGUACGGCGGGCGUGGGAGCUCCGUGUUGAGGGAACUGAGGGCUCAUGAUUCCUUCCGCCACCGCCGAAUGCUGGCCGCCGUCGACUUCCAAUUGGGCGGCAAUGGUCAGCCCACUGAUGCUGCGCUGUACUACACUAAGCUUGCAAUUGGAACUCCUUCAAAGAAUUAUUAUGUUCAAGUUGAUACUGGGAGUGACAUUCUAUGGGUGAAUUGUGCAGGCUGUUACAAGUGUCCUAAAAAGAGCAACCUUGGGAUUAAUUUGUCGCUAUACGACAUGAAAUCCUCUUCGACCGCAAAGGAGGUUACUUGUGACCAAGAUUUUUGCACCACUAUGUUCAAUGCUCCAUAUUCUGAUUGCAAGGUUGGAAUGCCUUGUGAAUAUCAGGUUACUUAUGGGGAUGGCAGCAGAACUGCAGGGUAUUUUGUCCAAGAUUAUAUUCAUUUUGAUCAGGUGACAGGAAACCUUCAAACAAAAUCAAUGAAUGGGAGUAUAGCAUUUGGGUGUUCAGGUCAACAAUCUGGAGAGCUAGGUACAUCUGCGGAAGCAGUUGAUGGGAUAAUCGGUUUUGGACAAGCAAAUUCAUCCCUUAUUUCACAGCUAGCAGCAUCCGGAAAGGUGAAAAAGAUAUUUUCACAUUGCUUGGAUAAUGAAAAUAGUGGUGGAAUAUUUGCUAUUGGACAAGUAGUUCAGCCCAAAGUAGCUACAACACCAUUGGUCCCAGAUGAGCCACAUUAUAAUGUUAUUAUGAAGUCAAUUGAGGUGGACGGUGAUCCUCUAGACAUUCCAACAUAUACCUUUGACACAGGGUCUUCCAAAGGGACCAUAGUUGACAGCGGUACAACCUUAGCAUAUCUUCCAGAUUCAAUUUAUGGCCCUCUCAUGAACAAGAUGAUGUCAAAGCAAAGUAGUCUGAAGAUUCAUUUAGUCGAUGAGGAGUUCAAAUGCUUUUACUACAAUCAAAAUGUUGAUAAUGGAUUCCCAGUCAUCACUUUUGUUUUUCAGAAUUCACUUAAGUUGACAGUUCAUCCCCAUGAGUAUCUUUUCGAAGUUCAGGAUGGCGAAUGGUGCAUUGGUUGGCAGAACAGUGGAAUGCAAACAAAAGAUGGAAAGGAAAUAACGCUGUUGGGAGACCUUGUACUAUCUGGCAAGCUGGUUGUGUAUGAUCUUGAAAACCAGACUAUUGGCUGGACUGAUCAUAACUGCUCUUCGAGCAUCAAAGUGAAAGACGAGAGCUCUGGAAACGUGUAUACCGUGGGUGCUCAUGAUAUUUCGUCUGCUAACGCCCAGAAGACAGGAAAUCUAUUUAUGUUGUUAUUCCUUAUUCUUUUGAUGAUGUAAAAUGUGACGGACCUCACUUCUGUGGAAUUUGAUGAUAUAGAAUGUAACAGACCUCAGUACAGAUUUGUUGUGCGGUACAGUAAUAUGACAAGUAUAACUUGAUU